UGCAAUUUUGUUGAUGAUUGUAUGGUUUUGCUUUUGUCACCUUUUUAAGAAGGUCAUAUCGCAUUGGUCAUAGGCCACUUUUACUCAAAGCUAAUAGAACACAUAGUCAUUUUAUCUCUGAUAUUUCCUUUUUUGUCAUUACGAUAAGGUUGAUCUACCAACGAGCAAGCAUUUUUAUGGUUGAACAGACAGAAUGGCAGCAUAAUUGAGGAUGUUUCCUUUUUUUUGCUUUUGUACUCAUCAACUGGUGUUCUUAAUAUUCCUAUCCACCUGAACAGAACUGCAGCUUUGUUUUGAUCGAAAGUGCGCUGUCAUUCAUUAUAGUCACGCCAAGCAUGAGACUCUUUGUAUUCUUUCUGUUUACCAUUUUACUGAAGCGGAUUUUCCCACAUUAAGGAAACAAGUUUAAAAGGCGGGGUUUAGGCUGUAUGCGGUUGAGGCGCUAAAUGCAGGCUAUGCAAGUCACGAUGGUCCUGUGCUAGAACCCGUAGCGAAGUGUGUGGUGUAACGUUAUUAUGUGGAUAAAUGAUUGACUGAGUGAACCGAAGCGAACUUUUUUUUGUCUGUUCUACAGAUUUUUCAAAAACAAUGUCCGAAAUCAAUAUCGGAAGGCUAAAGGAAAAAUGUGAAAACUGCUCCAAGCAGUGCAGCAAGAAACAAAGCAAAGAAGGUCCAGGUUCGCUGCAGGAAAAGGCUGUGGCCAAUGGAGAGGUGAGCGAACCCCACCAGGUGCAGCAGAUUUUGCUGAGUUCAUGCUUGUCUUGUGAGGGUUGUUUGUCAGAGGAAGAAAGCCAGCGCAUCUCCCAGCAGAACCUGGAGGAGUUCAAGAAAGUGCUCAGCCUAAACGAGAGAUGUGAUGCCUCAAAACACAAAGUGCUGGUGGUCUCUGUGUGCCCCCAGUCCCUACCUUUCUUUGCUGUCAAGUUCUGUUUGGGCAUCCCAGAGGCCACACAGAAACUCUGUGCCUUUUUAAAGAGCCUGGGCAUUCAUCAUGUUUUCGACAGCACACUUGCAGCCGGCUUCAGUAUCCUGGAGAGCCAGAGGGAGUUUGUUCAGAGAUUCCGGCGCAGACAUCAUGAUCUUCAUGCCCUCCCUAUGUUCACGUCCUCUUGUCCAGGAUGGAUUCGCUAUGCUGAGCGCGUUUUGGGCAGUCUGGUCACCCCACAUAUAUGCACAGCCAAGUCCCCUCAACAGAUCAUGGGCUCCCUGGUCAAGGAUUUCUUCACACAACAACAGAAGCUGACCCCAGGCAAGGUCUUCCAUAUUGUCGUGGCCCCCUGCUUUGACAAGAAGCUGGAGGCAGUCCGAGAUGAAUUCUUCAACAGCCUGCUGGAGAGUCGUGAUGUUGACUGCGUGCUUACCUCAGGUGAAAUAUUUCAGCUGAUGGAGGAGAGGAAAGUGACAGUUGAGAGUUUGGAUUCUGUCCCUUUGGAUCACGUGUUUGGGGAGGCUGAUGAGGCAGGUCUGGUGAGACAUGAAGGCAGAGGAUCAGAGGGCUUCCUGGAACACAUCUUCAAAAAUGCUGCCAAGGAGCUGUUUGGCUUUGAGGUGAAUGAAAUAGUAUAUAAGACGCUGAGGAAUCGUGACUUCCAAGAGGUGUCCCUUGAGCGCGAUGGAGAGACGCUGCUGCACUUUGCGGCCAUCUACGGCUUCCGUAACAUCCAGACCCUGGUGCACCGGAUGAGAAAGGGCAGGGUGCCGUACCAGUUGGUGGAGGUGCUUUCCUGCCCUGGAGGCUGCCUGGGCGGUCGGGGACAGGCGGAGGGCGAGGGAGGGCGCGCGGAUAAGAUCCUGUCCCAGCAGAUGGAGGAGGCCUACAGUAGUUUGCCUGUGCGGCUGCCGGAGAUGAACCCUGAGCUGCAGCGGCUCUACCACGACUGGCUGGAGGGCCAGGACUCGCCACGGACGCUGCAGGUCCUCCAUACGCAGUACUCCCAGCAGGAGCAGCCCCAGACGCUACCUCCUCAUAUCCAGUGGUGAGGACACUGGCCACCCCUCCGUUCAGCCUGCUGCACCGUCCUGGCACAGGCCCCCUGCUGCAGCCCCCUUGGCUUCCCCUCUCUCUGAAGAGCUUGUUUUUGGAGAGAAACACGCAAGAGGAGGAGUCCUGUGGCAAACAUCUAAUCAGUGAGCAAUUUACCAUGAUCUGAGUCUGGAGUAACCCUGAUGCUUUUGGAAAAACUGUCUGUAUGAAAGUAGGUGUAUGUUGGAUAUUUGAGUAUUGAAGUCCUGUUAAAUGAAUAAUGGGAAGAAAUUCCUGUAUGUACUGUUAAUUAAUUAUGCCAUGAUCACAUUAUACAUGUUGUAGCGGACAUACUGUGAUAUAAGCCUGUGGACCAAUGCCUACAGAAUGACAAUGAAGCAGUUUUUGCAUAAUGCCUUGCAGUUACAUGUGGUGAUAUAGUACUGAGAAGAAUCUGGUUUGCUGUUCUUAAUAAUGGCUGUAUCCUCACCCUUCCCUUGGAUAUAGAAUAAGGUGUUUUGAGGCUUGCCAUUUUCAACUGCCAAAUGGCAGGGGUUUUGAUUAAAAUUUUUCUGAAUGAA